GCGCUUCUAUCGUGUCCAAGUCAGAUGAAGCUUUGGCGACCGCCAACGGUCUGGACAGCAUCGACAGCCCGUACCUCAAAGAGCUCCAAAAGUAAGUCGGCGCCUAGGUCACGCAAUGAAGUUUGCCAUACUGCCUGGCCCUCGGAGGAGGUCUUAUGGGCCUGGAACGCGAUUGGACUGACGGGAUUGAUUGGAACAGGAGCCUGCGCAAUGCAAACAAGAAGCUGAAUGCUACCGCCAAGGUCGAUGCCAUCAUCACCGAGAACCCUGGAAAGUCACUCGACGAACUGGUCGCAACAAAGAAGAUCAAUGCCGACCAGAAGGCACAGGCCGAGAAGAAACCGGCCCUGCAAGCCAGCGUCGCCCAGAUCGAGGAGCAAAUCGGCCACUUGAAAGAGUUUGCCGCUCAUUACGAGCAGCGCCUCGCAAGCCAGAAGGCUGAGCUAGCGAAGCUUCACCAGGACGAAUUGAAGGCCGUUCAGGAGAAAGCUGUUGCCGAGGCCAAGGAUGCAAGCAAGAAGGAUCUGAGGGUUCAGCUUCUCAGUCUGAGCAAGUUCCUUUACACUGCCGCUACCAUGAGGCGCUCCGGGGAUGAAACCUCCAAUGUGACCCGUGCGUUCGAGGGCGUGCUCUACCAGAUCUACGCUGGGUCGCACGACGCCGUUACCUCGAUGCUUAAGGUUGUGGACGGUGUGGACGAACCCGUUGUUAGCGUCGAAGGCGAGACCCUGGAAGUCACUUAUGGCAAAGUCAAACAGUCUGCCGAGGAACAGGCGCCUGCGACUGAGGAAGUGGCCCCGGCUGCCGCUCCCGCGUCCGACCCUACGCUGGCGAACGCGGGUUACACCGAGCUACAGGAUCCUUCCUAUAACGCCAGUGCUCCUGCUGCGAACGAGCCCUCUGCCGACCCUCAAACCUCCGAACAGACAGCUCCCCCAGCUCAAACGCAGGUCUCCAGUGCCGCCAACCCGGUAGCGGAGGCCACUUGGGAUCCUAACACUGCCGGCUCUCCUUCCGCGACGACGGAUGGCUGGGUUGAAGUGCCUCGCGAUCCGGCUGAGACCGAUACCGGCCUCCAGGCAACCCCGGCUGCUGUCGAGGUCGACGCGCAGAAUGCGGCCGCCGCGGAGGCUGUAAGUGCCAAUGCGGAGGAAACUUCCGCCCCGAAGGCCCAGAAGGGAGAAGCGCCGGAGGGGGCAGCGCAACACCAGAGACAGCACAGCUUCCGUGGUCGUGGCCGAGGUGGACGAGGACGAGGCGAUGGCUCGCGGGGACGUGGCCGGGGCGAGUUCAGGGGUCGUGGACGUGGUCGCGGAGGCCGUGGACGCGGCGGUCCCAACGGCGCACCGGUCGCCACUACUGCGGCAGCCCAGUAAGCUUCAAUCGCAUCGUGAACUCUGGUGAAUCGACCGUCACCCCAGGCGCGAGGAGGAAAAUUCCCCAGAAAAUACCUCCGGACGCCGAUGUUUUUCCGCCUUAUGUUACACCCGACAUCUUUUCUUCUCUAUUUUGCCCUCCCAGGAUCUUUCCUCACAUAUCUUUCCGUCUUUUCUGUCUUGCGGUCACCCUGGCCUCCGGCAUCUGCAGCAUGUCUUUUAUAUCUUUCCUAUCUAAUACGUUCAUGGGUAAUGGUGGUGUUAUGGUUCACGAAAGCGACGAAUCUCUUGAAAUGUUUACAACAAGGACUUCUUGGGUGAGAGUGAUGGUCAGUCGCUCUUAAUUUUUCACCCC